CCCUGCCCGGCCAUAGCCCGGAAGGCUGGGCCGCCUCGUCCCUCCGUGUCCCCAGCCCGCCCUGCUGGGUGGCUCGGUCGGUGUGGGGAGCGGCGGUCUUGCUAAGAAAUCCAUGGAGCCCCCCCGGGCCACUUCACCGAGCUCCUGAGCAGAGGCUGUGAAAUGGUCCCUGAAUGAGCCAGUGCUAUAAAUGUCUGUGGGUCUGAGAUCCGUGACCCACAGACCAAAGACUCCACGCCUUGGACUCUCUGGCCCCUACGUGGUCCUAACAGAUUGUGAAUCAUUCCCAGGGAUGGUGCUCAGCCUGCAAUGAAACCGAUCUUGUCCCUACAAACGCUAUAGCCUUCAGGGGCAAAGGGUGUUUUACUGAAAUCCACAGAUAGUUGCUUGGCAGGCCGUUUGCUCAGGUAACGUCUGCAGGCCUAUGAACGAGUCAGGGACUGUUUCUAUAAGGGAACAAGCUUCGUUUUUAAGCUAUAACAGGCUUGUUUGGAAGAGUCUGUUGGGGGUGGGGAUGGUAGAGUGUAAUCAUGAAAAAUUCAUAUUUGGAUGCUUUGUGAAUUGCAGCUGCAGAGUGGCAUAAAUAAACCCCCUUCCCCUGGCAGUCACACACAUGGAUGCAGACUAGAGCCGUUCAAGUCAUCCUGACAGAUAUGACCGGACUUGUUCCUAGAGGGGACUAUUUGAGUCACGGGAAUCUGACCAUUUUGUCUUGUCAUAAUCCUGGCACUGCAGUUGGGAAGACAGGCUGGCACCAGUGAGAAACAUGGAGGGAGAAGCUAAUUUUAGAGUGGCAAAGAGUGGGUGUCACAUGUGAUCCCAAGAAAACUUCAGCAUUCUAAAGAUUAUCAUGAAAUAAACAGCUGGGCCUGUUUGCAAAAAUGACACUGGCAUCCAAAAGCCCCAACUGAGCCACUAAACUGGGAUGAAAACCAGGAUAUGAGAGUAAAGGCCAUUCCACCAGGUUGGAGGACAGGAGAAUGGCCUGAGGGUUACUUGGGGGAUCAGAUUGGACAGAGAAUCUCUGUGGAGGCCUUUGCCCUGUAGGUUGCUACUGCUGUGGUUAGGGUUGCACACCUAAAGGUGAAGCGUGAGCCCUGACACUGAACAAUGGGGAGACCCAGGAAAAACCCUGACAGCACAGCCUCACCUCGUCAGGCUGCAACUGUGCCCAAAGCCACCCCAGCAGCACCCCGUUCCUCUGCCUCCUCUACCCAGGCCAAGACAACACCCACAGCCAGCCGACCUACGAGCGCUCAGGCUGCUGGGAGUUCAGGCACCAGCAGGGCACAGACAGACAAGCCAACCAGCAGCACCACUGCCAGAAGAGCCGGGCAAAGCUCUUCCCAAUCAAGGGCCACUGCAGCACAUGGCAGUGAUCAAGGAGACACCAAGAUAAGCUACAGAGUGACAGCAAAGAACCCCACAGUAACUAGUGGAGGGAAACCUUGCUCCACAACACCUAAAGUACCUGCCGGUGCCGUGGGAGGGAGUCAAUCCAGCCGCUCUCGGGCCAAUACCACUGACCAGGGCAAAGCAAGCAAAUUUCCCUCCCUGCUGACAAGAGAAGAUGUGGUGAAAGUGGAGAGGGAAACCCGGGGCCAGAGGGACAAUCCCAAGUGGGAUGAGUGGCGGGAAAACCGCAUCACAGCCUCAGUCGCACCUAGGAUUGCUAACAGCAAGUUUGUCAAUGGCAAGAGCUCAGAGGUGCCCCAGUCUUAUCUCAAGGCUGUGGUGAGCUCUGGUUCCAAAAUGCAGACACCAGCCAUGUCCUGGGGCACCCGAAAUGAGAAAAAGGCAGUGCAGGCAUAUGAGGAGCUCCAGUCCAGGAGGACAGGUAAGCCUGUGAAGGUGGAGGAGUGUGGCCUCUUCAUUCACCCAGGGAAGGAGUGGCUCGCAGCCAGCCCAGAUGGAAUUGUCAGAGAAGCCGGUACAGGGAAGCUACUGGAAGUCAAGUGUCCCUAUAAGCACAGAGACAAGACAGUGAAAGAGGCCUGUAAGGACACAGCCUUCUGCCUGGAAGCGGAUGGUGAGUCCUACUCCUUGAAAAGAGACCAUCCCUACUACACUCAGGUGCAGUGCCAGCUGGCAACAACGGGCUUCGACAGGGCUGACUUUGUGGUUCACACCAACAAAGAUACAGUCAUCGCCCCAGUGGACUUUGAUGCAGGGUUCUGGGAGAGAACUGAGCCCAAGCUGGAGAAGUUCUACACGGAGGCUGUGAUUCCCCACCUGGAGGAAAAGAGAGGCAACUCAGUUUGGGCUAAGGAAGAAUAAAGUAAUGGGGACAUCUGGCUCCUACCCCACCAGGGACUUCUGUCUUCACCAGCUGCCAUGAUAGAUUAAUGGACUAUCUCUGGUUCUGCCCUAGCAGAACUAUGGGAUCUAGAACAUGAUGCCUGCUAAGCCUAGACUCUUCCUUCUUAUUUAGAUUGUAAGCUCCAUGGGGGCAAGGAUAGUAUCUGCCUUUGUCUCCUAGCAACAUGGACAGCCAGCCAAUGAUUUAAUAGUUCUGUCCUAGCUGCAGAACAAAUACUCUUGGCAUUUGGUGUUCUCUGCACACACAUGGAAGCAGUAAUGCCUCAACAUCUGCCUUUAAAUUUAUGCCAGUGGCUGGGUGCUAGUGCAAAUUGCCCUGUCUCUAGGGAAAUGGGUUGUUGUACUCAGCCUGUGGAGGGGGUGGGGUUCCAUUCAAUGCGCUGGAGUGAAAGUCCUGGACUAAACUUGAAUUUUAGUCCCCCAAGGGAUCCUUGCUAUUGUCAGUGGCAGGCUUGUUGAAGAUAAAAUGUAAGGUAGGGCCUCUAGGAUAGUGGUUCUCAAUUUUUUUGUACUGGUGAUCCUCUUCAUAUAGCAAGCCUCUGUGUGACACCCCCUAAAGUAAAAACACUUGUGUAUUCACCCCAUUAUAAAUGCUGGAGGCAAAGUGGGGUUUGGAGUGGAGGCUGACAGCUUGUGAAUGCCAAGUUUGAGAACCCCUGCUUUACAGGGUAACUAAACUUGUAGGUAUGUGCCUUAUUGUCAAUGCAGCAUCACACACAGCUGUUUCUUCCCAUGCUAUCUUAUAUUCACUCUCACCCUCUUUCCCUGAGUGAGGGUAACUGCUAAUCAUUUUAACAGGCUAACAGCUUGCAUUUAAAAUAGAGUUUGGCUUUAGCAUCAAUCUUUCCCCCAGGAGAAUGUGGGGGAAGGGGCUUACAUGUCCAGAGUUACUCUUUCAAGCUGCCUGCAAACUCAGCAUUAGUUAAUCAUUCAAUGGUGAACCAAGUAACACCACAACCAAGAGAUUUCCUAGACUUUUUUAAUGAAAGUUUCUCUAGUAGCAGACCAUAUCAUAUGCAUAACAGCAGUAUGGAGAGGUGCCUUGGUGUUUGAAAUCACUGUUUUGUUCAAAUCAAUCCUGUUUUGGAAAUUAAAAUCUAUCUAAACUAAA